CUGCGCGCUGCGGCCCGCCGCCCGGCGCUCGCCGGCACUUCCGGCGCGGUCCGCCUCGACCGGUCUCCCGCGGAGCCGAUUAAGCGCGGACGCCGAGCCCAGCCCGCCUCUGAGCACCUGCUGCGGGCGUGGCGACGCCAUGGAGCGCUUUGAUAAAGCGGCGCUGAACGCGGUGCAGCCGUGCGACUUCAGAAAUGAAAGUUCAUUAGCAUCCACUCUGAAGACGCUCCUGUUCUUCACAGCUUUAAUGAUCACUGUACCUAUUGGGUUAUAUUUCACGACUAAAUCUUAUGUUUUUGAAGGCGCCUUUGGGAUGUCCAAUAGGGACAGCUAUUUUUAUGCUGCUAUUGUUGCAGUGGUCGCCGUCCACGUGGUGCUGGCCCUCUUUGUUUAUGUGGCCUGGAAUGAAGGCUCACGGCAGUGGCGUGAAGGCAAACAGGAUUAAAGUGAACAUCACCUUUUGAUAGCAUUAAAUUGAUUUUUUUUAAAUGGUAAAUGCGUCUGGGGUAUUGAUGAUUUUAAUAAAGUUGAAAGAACAUGUUAAAAUCUUAUGGAAUCACGUUUGACUAGUGUAAAUUUUGAUCCUUCUAAAACAAUGGUUUGUAUCAUCAGUUUUAACUGUAUGAGCCUCUCAUUUGCAAAUGAGAAUUUGGAAAAGUUAAAUUGGUUACAAAUAAGUAUGUGAAAUUAGUUACACAUUAUUCUGGGAAGAAUUUGAUUAUCUUACAACAAAACAAUAUUUUAUAGCAUUUCGUCUUUUGGUUGGCUUUGAGUUUUACUCCUCUGGAUAUAUUCAGAUGUACAUAGUGGAGCAAAUCUGAACUUUAUUUUUCGCUGGAACACUUUUCCUAACUAUCAUGAAAAUACCAGGUCAUUGGAUUUUGGGUUGUAAAUGCGUAUUGGAAAUUGCUUAAAUUGUGGACACUGGAAUUAAUCUGAAUGUCACUGAGAAAUUUUGCAUAAAGUGUAAUCCCUCGUCAAUAGAAAUCUUUCAUUACAUUAUUUCAUGGGGAAACUAGGCUGAAUCACACCCAUUCAUGUAAAAGGACUGGGUUUAUUGAAGAAUGCAGACAGCAAAGCAAAGAGAGCUGCCUGCCUGGGCACCCAGCCUACUCCCUAAAGGCCCCUUGCAGGCCAGCCUCCUGCUUUCAGACAAACUCUGUAACAAUCUGCUUUGCUCUGGUCAUUCAACAAUGAACUUACGCUUUAAUUACAAGGUUGUGUAAACUCCCUUUAAAUUUCUUUUUCCUACUUUUUAAUAAUGUAUAUGAAUGAAUUUACAUUUAAACGUGUUGAUUUUUGCAUACUUAGGGAGUGUAAACAAUCCUGAAAAUAGAUUAUUUUUAUCAUCCAGGAAGUAUUCUUGGAAUUUCUAGUCUAGUCUUUUAAAUCAGUGCCAUUAUAUCCCAGAUACAUCCAUAGAUAAUGUAUCUAAGUUAGAUAAUCCUUGAGGUCCUUUCUGAUAGAAAAAGACCCUGUGGUUUUACUUUCGUAUCCUUGGUCUGUGUUCUUUCUAGCCACUUGGUACUUACUUGUGUGCAAUCUAAAAACACACCCCCAAAAAGUGCAUAUUAAAACAGGAAGAAAAUUUAAAUUCCCUGUAAUGUUGCCACCUGGAGAUAUCCACUAUUUUGGUUUACAUCCUGUGUGCAUUUCUUAAUGCUAGUUUGAUACUAAAAGUUUGGUUUAAUUUCAAAUUCUGCCAAUUUUACCUGGCGGCUAUUUGCAUUUUUUCAGAUGAGUGAUUAUUGGCCGUUUUCUUAAAAAGCACAUUCUACCUUUACUCUUUUUUUUUUUUUAAAUAGUAAUAGCUUUCAUUUAUUGAGUCUUUUUUUUUUAAACAUCUUUAUUGGAGUAUAAUUGCUUUACAAUGGUGUGUUAGUUUCUGCUUUAUAACAAAGUGAAUCAGUUAUACAUAUGUCCCCAUAUCUCUUCCCUCUUGCAUCUCCCUCCCUCCCACCCUCCCUAUCCCACCCCUCUAGGUGGUCAUAAAGCACCGAGCUGAUCUCCCUGUGCUAUGCGGCUGCUUCCCACUAGCUAUCUAUUUUACGUUUGGUAGUGUAUGUAUGUCCUUGCCACUGUCUCACUUUGUCCCAGCUUACCCUUCCCCCUCCCCGUAUCCUCAAGUCCAUUCUCUAGUAGGUUACUCUUUUAACUAGAUAUCUCAUUGUACAAAUUUCUUGUCAUUGAUAAUCCCUAAUACAAUGGCCCUUGCUGUGAGUGUUUGCCAUUACUGAUUUUGUUUGUUCACCCCUACUUUUGAUGUUGUGGAAGUGGACUAAAGGAGUAGAGAGGUAGUUAGGCAUAAAAGCAGAGAAGGCAUUUGUGUUUAUUUAAUUGUUGAGAAGAAAUAAAAGAUGAUUACUGUAGGACUAUUUUUUAUUCUUGCUUAUAGUUAAAUGUUAUCUAGAGCUUAAAUGUCUUAAGUAGUUAUUCUAAAUAUAAAAUGUUUUCUUAAAAAGACUACAGUUUUGGUAUAAAAUUGUACAAAUUUAAUAUGAAAUUGUAGGUUACUCCCGAUUGAGUCUAGUGUACUGUAUGGUAGAUUUCUAGAUGGUCCCCUCUUUAGAUGCCUUGUUGUACUUAGAAUUUGUCCACCUAAUUUCUUUUUCUAUAAUGUCAAGGUUUUUCUUGUACUUUUGGGAUCUUAUGCUAUUUGUAAAACGUUAAUGUCCAGUGUUGGAUUGUUUUGUUUGAUUUCAGACAUUUGCUGAGUAGAUAACAUGGGUGUGUUUCUGCAAGUAUUUAAACCGGGGAUUCAUGCAAAAGCAGAUGUAAUUUCCUCUUGGAAAAGGUACCCAGCAUUUGAAAGUUAGAAUCGGGUGCUAAGGUUGAUGUUUGGGGUUAUUACAAUAUAGACUUGUUUUCACACCAGUUAAUAUUUUCUUAGGGUUUUAACUGUUAACUGAGUAGUUUGCUGCUGUUGAAAUAACAUGGUAUUUGACAAAUAGAUUUAUUUUUCAAGAUGUCUCAGUGAUUUCCUCUUGUACAAUGUAUAUACUUCAGGAUGUAUAGAAAGGAAAGCUACAAUUGAGCCCUUAUAUAAAUGUUAUAAGGUAGGAAUAUGUUCACUGUUUGAAAACUGAUUGUAAGAAUAACCUCAAUUAGGGAGUGUAACUUGAAGUGUCAGUACGGGCUACUGAUUUAACACAUGACCUUCUUCACCUCACCUCCCAUUUUGCCCCCCAGAAUAUAAUCUUUAUUCUCAUUGUGCUAAAAAAUGAAAAGUCUGCUGUAGAAUGCAUCUGAUGUCAUUAGCUCUUCAAGUGGAUACCAUUUUACAUGUGACAGCAGAAUUCAGUUUUGAAUUGCUGAAGAAAUUUAAACCCUCCAUAAAAAA